AUUGAAUCGUCCAAUAUCAAAUUGGUGGGGUACUAUGCCGUCCUAUCGAGAUUUAGAAUGGGAGAAAGAUUUAGCAACUUUAGUUUGUACGAUUCUACAGUGCUUUUUCGUUGUUUCCAAACAAACAAUUUCUGCAGGUUCCUCGUGUUUCCUUCGUAGUACAGCCAUUUAUGACAACAAAGUCUUCCUCACCCGAGGAUGCUUAACACUACGCAAAAACCACAUCGAAACACAAAAGUUAUAAGGCGGAACAAAUUAAAACGAUCUAGUUCCAUUUAUUCAGAAUUCCAAUCUACCACGACGCACUUCUAGUGGUAUAUUUCCCAAGCAGCACUUCAACCGAUCUAUAUCUACUACUAUUGGACUAAAAAGAUUUUUUCAUAAAUUAGUAAAUUAUGGGUUGUGGCGCAUCGAGUGCCGCAAAAACGGCGGCGGCCGGCGCUGCCUCCGACGGGCCGCAGGGCGGCAAACCGCAGAAGCAGGUCGGGCAGUUCGCGGCCGGGGAUUUCGUGGGGGAGUCGAAGGGGAAAAUCCACGAUUUCUACGAGUUUGAGGAGAAGAAGCUCGGGCAGGGAACCUACGGGUCCGUGACCAAGGGCGUGCACAAGUCCACGAAGCAGAUCCGGGCCGUGAAGUGCAUCCCGAAGAGCACGAUGAAGGGGAAGAAGAAGGGGAACGACGGCGAGAUGCUGAACCGGGUGAAACAGGAGGUGGAUUUAAUGAAGAACUGCGACCACCCCAACAUCGUGAAACUGUUCGAGACCUUCGAGGACAGCCGAAAUAUCUACCUCUGCAUGGAGCUCUGCCUCGGCGGCGAGCUCUUUGACCGCAUCAUCGCCUCGGGGCACUUCACGGAGCGGGAGUGCGCUUUGCUGAUGCGACAAAUCCUGGCCAUCGUCCACUAUUUACACGAGCAGGGCGUCAUGCACCGCGACAUCAAGCCGGAAAAUUUCCUGCUCAAAGAGGACAACGCACCCAUCGAGCAAUCGACCGUGAAGAUGAUCGACUUCGGGCUCUCGGUGCGCUUCAAGCCCGGUGAGUUCAAGUCGACGAAAGCGGGCACGCCCUACUACGUGUCCCCCCAGGUCUUAGUCGGAAAAUACGACCAGCUGUGCGACGUGUGGAGCUGCGGCGUGAUCAUGUACAUCAUGCUGUGCGGGUACCCGCCGUUUUACGGGGAUAACGACGUGGACGUGCUCGCCCGCGUGCGCCUCGGCACCUUCACCUUCGUGCAGGCGGACUGGAAGAACGUCACUUCCGACGCGACAGAACUGAUCACCAAGAUGCUGAAAAAAUCCCCCUCGGACCGGUUUACCGCCAGGCAGGCGCUUAUGGAUGCGUCAGGUUUGAAAUCAACAAAGUUGAAAUAACUUGUAAUGCAUAAAAUCGAUACCACUUGGAAGCCCAAUUUCCAAGCUGUGCAUGACAAAUUUCGGCACCGUCUAAAUCCAGUUUGUCAUGCUGUUUAGGGACAGAAGGCAUCUAUUGUAAUGCUACUUUAGCAGCUCUACCGCAGACCCCAAACAGGCUGACAGUCGGCCUCACUUGCCGCCCCUGCAAGAGAGGCACUCUGUGCCUUGCAAUUUAUGCAUGAGAAAUUGUUUGAACUUUGACGAUUUCAAUCCUGACAGUUCCAUAGCCCUGGACCACAUCUGGAUCUCGCAGAUGGCCCCGAAGUCCGCCUCGAUCUUAUCAACAGUAAAAAUGUCUGGGUCUGGAAGAAUCCAACUUGUCAUGCUGAUUUUGGAUUCUAAAAAAAUCUGUAUUGCAUGAGCAGUAAAGAGAGUCCAAAUUUUGCAGCACGGAAAGAGCAUUUGCCAUGCGGAAUAGGCAUCAGGAAGCCCUCUCAAAAUCUGUGAUGCUAGGGCAUGCGUCACAGACUUGAGGAGUCAUGCGAAAUGUGCAUGACAAACCCGGCACUCUUCCAGACCCAGACAUUUUUACAUUUGAUAGAUCUCGCUGUCCGGCAACUUGGUGGGCCCGCUGACCGCCUUCCGAAACGGCAACAAGCUGAAGAAGGCCGCGCUCACCGUGAUUGCGCAGCAAAUGACCGACGACAGCACGAAGCAGCUGCGGGACUUGUUCCACCAACUCGACGCGGACAACGACGGAACUUUGACGAUCGACGAGAUCACCGAGGGCAUGGCCAAGGCGGGGCUGCAGGACAACAAGGAGCAACUGACGGAGCUCAUCAAGCAGGUGGACAGCGACGGCAGCGGCAGAAUCGACUACACCGAGUUUUUGGCCGCAACCAUCGACAAGCGACACUACGCAAAGGAAUCCGCAUGCUACGCGGCGUUCAAGGUAAGUUUUUUUACCUAACGUUUAACAGUAAUAUGUACACUUUCUAGUGCGAAUUCGAUUUUUACGAUUCCUAUCGAGAGUUGGAAUUUCUUCUUUACCUUGCAUGAUCCGAUCUGGACGAUGGUGGCACAAAAAGUGAAAAUUCGAAAUCAUGAAGUUCAAGUUUGUGACGGGUCUUGUACUGAACAAUCUAUGCACAACAACUUUAUGGAAGACUCAAAAUUAUAACCAACCACAGGUGUUCGACCAGGAUGGCAAUGGUUUUAUCGACAAGCAGGAGCUGGCAAACGUGCUCGCGGACGGCGAUCUGAGGUCAAUGGUGUCACAGGAGAUCGUCACCGCAAUUCUCGCGGACGCAGACGCUAACGGAGACGGGCAGAUUGACUUUGAAGAGUUUAUGGCCAUGAUGCAAAAAGACGAGGGCGGGGGCGGCGGACUCACCAUCACACAGAGGAGGUGA